ACGCACCCCGCCCCCCGCUCCUCUCUUGACUUUGAGUGUCCGGCCGGUCACAGAGCCAGGAGGCGGAGGCGCGCGGGGCAGCCUGGGCCCCAGCCCACACCCUCACCAGGGCCCAGGAGCCGCCAUGUGGCGAUGUCCACUGGGGCUACUGCUGUUGCUGCUGCUGAAUGGCCACGUGGCUCUGGGUGCUCAGAAGGGUCGUGGGCGCCGCGAGCUAGCACCGGGUCUGCACCUGCGGGGCAUCCGGGACGCGGGAGGCCGGUACUGCCAGGAGCAGGACCUGUGCUGCCGUGGCCGUGCUGACGACUGCGCCCUGCCCUACCUGGGCACCAUCUGUUACUGUGACCUCUUCUGCAACCGCACGGUCUCCGACUGCUGCCCUGACUUCUGGGACUUCUGCCUCGGCGUGCCACCCCCUUUUCCCCCAAUCCAAGGAUGUAUGCAUGGAGGUCGCAUCUAUCCAGUCUUGGGAACCUACUGGGACAACUGUAACCGUUGCACCUGCCAGGAGAACAGGCAGUGGCAGUGUGACCAAGAGCCAUGCCUGGUGGAUCCAGACAUGAUCAACGCCAUCAACCAGGGCAACUAUGGGUGGCAGGCUGGGAACCACAGUGCCUUCUGGGGCAUGACCCUGGAUGAGGGCAUUCGCUACCGCCUGGGCACCAUCCGCCCAUCUUCCUCUGUCAUGAACAUGCAUGAAAUUUAUACAGUGCUGAACCCAGGGGAGGCGCUUCCCACAGCCUUCGAGGCCUCUGAGAAGUGGCCCAACCUGAUUCACGAGCCUCUCGACCAGGGCAACUGUGCAGGCUCCUGGGCCUUCUCCACGGCGGCUGUGGCAUCCGAUCGCGUCUCUAUCCAUUCUCUGGGACACAUGACACCCGUCCUGUCGCCCCAGAACCUGCUGUCUUGUAACACCCACCACCAGCAGGGCUGCCGCGGCGGGCGUCUCGAUGGUGCCUGGUGGUUCCUGCGUCGCCGAGGGGUGGUCUCUGACCAUUGCUACCCCUUUUCCGGCCGUGAGCGAGACAAGGCUGGCCCCGCGCCCCCCUGUAUGAUGCACAGCCGAGCCAUGGGUCGGGGCAAGCGCCAGGCCACUGCCCACUGCCCCAACGGCCACGUUAAUAACAACAACAUCUACCAGGUCACUCCUGCCUACCGCCUCGGCUCCAAUGACACAGAGAUCAUGAAGGAGCUGAUGGAGAAUGGCCCUGUCCAAGCCCUCAUGGAGGUGCAUGAGGAUUUCUUCCUCUACAAGGGAGGCAUCUACAGCCACACGCCAGUGAACCUUGGGAGGCCAGAGAGAUACCGCCGGCAUGGGACCCACUCAGUCAAGAUCACAGGAUGGGGAGAGGAGACACGGCCAGAUGGAAGGAAGCUCAAAUACUGGACCGCGGCCAACUCCUGGGGCCCAGCCUGGGGCGAGAGGGGUCACUUCCGCAUCGUGCGCGGCGUCAAUGAGUGUGACAUCGAGAGCUUCGUGCUGGGCGUCUGGGGCCGCGUGGGUAUGGAGGACAUGGGUCAUCACUGAGGCUGCGGGCACCACGCAGGGUCCGGCCCGGGAUCCAGGCUGAGGGCCGGCAGAAGAGGCCCCCGUGGGGCGGCGCCCCCAGCUUCCCCGACAGAGCCCCGGGCGCAGGCGGGCGCCAGGGAGCUAAUCCCGGCAUGGGUUCCGCUGACGCAGCGCUCCGCCGGGAGCCGCAGGCAGGCGAGGCUGGAAGCGCCCCCAGACCUCCCAGCGGGGACGGGGCAGGGCCUGGCCUGAGAGGAACACAGCCGCAGAUCCCAGGCCCCUGGUGCCCCCGCUCAAGACUACCAAAGCCAGGACACCUCAAGUCUCCAGCCCCACUACCCUAUUACACUCCGUUUUUUUUUUUUUUUUUUUUUUUUUUUUUGUUUUUGUUUUUUUCCGAGACAGGAUUUCCCUCCGUUGCCCAGGCUGGAGUGCGGUGGCCCAUUAGGGCUCACUGUAACCUCCGACUCCUGGUCUCAGGUGAGCCUUCCACCCCAGCCUCCCGAGUAGCUGGGACUACAGGUGCCCCACCAUGCCUGGCUAAUUUUUGUAUUUUUUGUAAAGAGGGGUUCUCACUAUGUUGCCCAGGCCGGUCUCGAACUCCUGGACUCAAGCAAUCCACCUGCUUCCGCCUCCCAAAGUGCUGGAAUUGCAGGCAUGAGCCACUGCACCCAGCCCUGUAUUCUUAUUCUUCAGAUAUUUAUUUUUGUUUUCACAGUUUUAAAAUAAAACCAUGUAUUGAUAA